GGGAAGCCCCGACGGGUGUGGAGACGAGCCUGGCGCGAAGGAGGCGCGCGCGGCGCUGCUGGAGCGGGAGGUGGAGGAGGAGGCACGCCCGCCUUGGGGCGACGCGCUCGUCCUCCUCCGCGCGUGGGCGGUCGUCUACCUGCUCGCCCUGCUCAAGGGCGGUCACGGCGCUCCCUCGCUGCUCGGGGUCGCGUGCGGCUCCGCCGGGCACUCCAGCGGCGCACCCUCGCCGCGGCAGCUGCGGUACUGGGCGGUGGUCGUGCUCAACCUGCCCAUCCUCGCGCUGCUGACCGCCGUAGCUGCGCGCGGCCGGCUGCGCACGCACCGCUCGCGCGUCCAGAUGGGCUACGCGUACGUCGAGGGCGACGUCGAGUGGGACGUCGACAAGGUGGUGCGGCUGCCCGCCCUCGUCUGCGUCGGCGCCAUCGCAGCCGGCAUGCUCGGCGUGGGCGGGGGGAUGAUCCUCGGGCCGAUCUUCACGGAGCUCGGCUUCCUCCCCGAGGUCUCCUCCGCCACCUCGACGGUGAUGGUGCUCUUCAUGUCUUCGGCCACCGUCUGUCAAUUCAUCAUCUUCGGCAUGAUCGACCUCGAGUACGCAGCCUUCUUCGGCUUCUUCGGCGGCGUCCUCGGCGCCAUCGUUGGCACCAAGGGCGCGCACUCGCUGCUGCAGCGCACGGGCCGCCCCUCCUUCAUCGUCUUCUUCCUCGCCUUUAUCCUGUUUGGCUCCGGGCUGCUCAUGGUGGGGACCGGCUCGAUGACGCUGAUGGAGACCGGACUCGGCGGCUUCCGGCCGGUCUGCGGCCGGACGGGCAAGGCGGCGCAGUACGACUAGCGUGGCGGGCGAGGCGGCGGCCGCGUUGCCUCCUGCUCCACCCCCGCCUGCUGCACAGUGCCCGCAAGAACACGUCAGUCGCGUCUCCGUCUCGCCGCAUCGAACGCUUGUGAGUGUUAUUGCCGGCCGCCUGCCUUGCCGUGAUUCGCGCGGCCGCCCGGGGUUUGUGAUUGUGUGAAUUGGGUUCAUCGUCUCUCCCUCUCUGUGUGUGUUUUGCGUCUCCACGACCACGUCCAGCCCCCCGGCUCCGCUCGACCGUGUGAACAUGUCGUCCGGUCUUAUCCGUCGUGAAAAU